AUGGUGAUCAACUGCAAAACUCUCUACAACUGCAUCAUCGAACGACCCACUCUAGCCGAACUCGCGGUCGUCCCCUCGACCGUGCACCUCAAGAUGAAGUUCUACACAAAAAAGGGACGAGUAGCCACCAUCAAAGCCAACAUCGAAGCGGCCAGAAGGAUAUUCGACGCGUCGAUGAAAGGACUACAGCUGAUCACCCCUCCUUCUAUCGCCAACAAGAAGCCAAGGGCCGAAGACAAGCUAGCUCGGGAAGACCUUCAGCAACCGACCAAUGUCAGCUCAGUCAACCUUGACGCCCGUUUUACAAAAGAAGAACUGAAGAACGGCGAAGAACCGCAACCGAGGACAGCCCACCCCGUCCGACCAAUUCCGAACGGCGACUUCGAGCUCGUCCCACUGGGCAACCCUGACAUGGCGGUGAAGAUUGGCAAAGACAUCCCGGAUCUGCCGAGGACACAACUCGUGGCUUGCCUUCGAGCCAACGCUGACUUGUUCGCAUGGAGCGUAGCUAAAAUGCCCGGACUCAACGCCGAGGUCGCCUGCCACCACCUCUCCAUUAAUCCAGCUGCAAAGGCAGUAGUUCAACGUUACAACCAAAUCCCCAUGGAGAGAUGUGACAAGCAGUGCACGACAUUCAUGACCGAAUCAGACAACUAUUACUACAAUGUAAUGCCCUUCAGACUCAAGAACGCAGGAGCCACUUACCAGCGGAUGAUGAAUAAAGUAUUCCGAGGAGAGAUCGGAGACACCCUCGAAGUGUACAUGGACGACAAGAUCGUCAAAUCCCGAGAAGAAACUGACCACACCACGCAUCUCGAACGAGUAUUCGAACAGGCCAGGUCCUACAAGAUGCGUUUCAACCUAGAAAAAUGCACCUUCGGCGUCCGGGCAGAAAUCAAUCCAAGUCUUAAAUGGGAUGCUCACGGCGCUGUCUCGAUUCGUCGCGAAAUACGCCCAACACGAUCUCCAUUCUUUAAACUGCUGCGCAAAGAAACGACCUUCGAAUGGUGCGAGGAGUGCGAACAAGCACUAUCUCACCUCAAGCAAGUCCUUUUGGAAACACCCGUCCUGUCCCGACCAGGAAACGAUGACCUCUACCUAGCCGUCUCGAACGAGGCAGUUAGCGCGGCCUUAAUCCGAGAAGCCGAUGACGGGAAGAAGCCCAUAUACUUCACCAGCAAGGCUCUACAAGGACCCGAUGUGCGAUAUCAGCAAAUCGAAAAAGUUGCCUUGGCACUAAUAAUCGCCGCUCGAAGGUUGAGGUACUACUUCCUCGCCCAUACCGUCGUCGUCCGAACCGACCAACCAAUCAAACAACUCCUCGGCCGACCGGACAUGGCCAGGAGAAUGCUGAAAUGGUCCCUAGAGCUAUCCGAAUUCGACAUCCAGUACGAAAGCAGGAAAGCACUGAAAGCGCAGGCACUGGCCGAUUUCGUGGCCGAGAUGACCUCGAUCACCUCCUCCCCUCCUUCAGCCGAGAAUAAGUGGUCCCUCUACGGAGAUGGCGCCUCCAGCAGCUCAGGAUGCAGAGCCGGUGUCAUCUUGGAAAACGAUGAAGGACUCGUCAUUGAGGUAUCCCUAGUAUUAUCCUUUACCACGUCAAACAACCAGGCCGAAUACGAGGCUUUCCUCCCCGGCCUGCAACUUGCUGAGAACGUAGGCGCUCAGGAAGUAAAGAUUUACACUGACUUCCAACUCGUCGCAUCCCAAGUUAACGGCGAAUACCUCGCGCUGGUCAAAGAGAGAAUGAAAAACUUCGCAAGAGCAGAAGUCGAGCACAUUCCUCGGGAGCAUAAUUCCCGAGCCGGCGUUCUCUCCAAACUCGCGAGCACGAGAAAGAAAGGUGGGAACAAGUCAGUAAUCCAAGAAAUCCUCUCAAAGCCAAGUGUGGAUAAGAAUGCACCCCUGACGCAAGUGCUCGCCAUUGGCGACGAUCAUUGUUGGAUGACCCCGGUGUAUAAUUUCCUCACAAAGGACGAACUGCCGACGGACGCAAAAGAGGCCUCCACGAUCAAAAGACGGGCCUGUUCGUACGUCAUCGUCGAGGACAAACUAUACCGGCGAGGAUUUUCCACCCCCCUUCUCAAAUGCGUCGACGCCUCCCAAGCGCUCGAGAUACUACAGGAACUUCACGAGGGGAUCAACGGCCAACACCUCGGCGGUCGAUCACUAGCGAGAAAGGCUCUCAGAGCCAGAUACUAUUGGUCAACCAUGCAGCAAGACGCCAAAGAACAUAUCCAGAAGUGCGAUAAGUGUCAACGUCAUGCCAACAUGCACCUAGCUCCCCCGCACGAGCUUAAAUCCAUAUCAUCACCCUGGCCAUUCUCCACAUGGGGAAUGGACCUCCUCGGACCAUUCCCAAUAGGAUCGUACCAAAACAAGUACCUGGUGGUCGCCAUAGACUACUUCACUAAAUGGAUAAAGGCCGAAGCGCUCGCCAAGAUCACAGCCCAAAACAUGCUCCGUUUUUAUAAACGAAAUGUGCUCGCUCGGUUUGGGGUGCCUCAGGCAAUAAUAACCGAUAACGGCACCCAAUUCACCGAUAGAAAGUUCCAAGAGUUCGUGUCCAAGCUCGGCACCAAGAAGCACUUCACUUCGGUAGAACACCCCCAAACCAACGGACAAGCGGAGGCGGCGAACCGAGUCAUUCUCCGAGGGCUGAAACGAAGGCUCGACGAAGCUAAGAGAGCUUGGGUCGAGGAGCUGCACAGCUCACCUCUCGAAGAAGAACUCAGCGACGAAGCUAUGAGGGAAGAACUCGACAUGGUCGAAGAGAUCCGAACAGGGUCUUCCCUCCGUGAAGCCAAGCUAAAGCAACAGAUAGCACUGCGCCAUAAUACCAAAGUCAUCUAA